AUGCUUUUCGACUUCGUAGGGGAAACUCAGUACGACGAUGCGCAGGUGCAAUAUCCUCGUCCCAUUCCGGACGAAGUUAUCAGCGUUUACGAGGUUUACGUGAAGGAGGAGACGUCGUCGGGCUUGGACUCGAAGAACGAUGCGCCGCCGAGCGUGCCGGAAUUGGGCAGCGCAUCCGACCAGCAGCUGAUCCAAGUAAUUAAUCGCUAUGGCAGUUUUACCGAUGAGAAAGAUCCGCUAUCAUGUGAUACCGUUUUCAAGGCUGAGUGCAUGGACAUGGAUGCGGCCAUCGACUCCGACGUGAUCAAUAUCGAUGGCGCUGUCGCGAAAUUCCUCGGCAAGGACGCGCUAAGGUAUAAAAUUCUCGAGCAAAGCGUUAGCGCGCCGGACGAGAAUAUGAUCGUGUACUCGCACCCCGUCGCCGACGGCCCCCCGAACUCGACGACGCGACUCAUCGAUAAGGACGAUCCGAGAUCGAGGUUGCAUUUCGUCAAGUAUUUAAAGCGAGACGGCAAGACGCUGAAAAUUUGGGAAUGCGGCAUCUGUUCAAAAGAGUUCCGACAUCAGUACACCUUGAUGAGACAUCUGCCGACGCACACAGACGAGAGAAACUUUAAAUGCGAAGCUUGCGGCAAAGCCUUCCGCCAGCUGUCAACAUUGAGCCAGCAUAAAGCCAUACACAGCGACGCCAGGCCCUAUGUGUGCGAGUUCUGCAAGAAAACGUUUAAUAGAGUAUCCACGUUGAUCUCCCAUCGGAAAACGCAUUCGGAGCACAAGCCGCACAAGUGCCACGUGUGCGGCAAGGGAUUUCAUCAGAAAGGCAAUUUGCGCAACCACGUUUUCACGCACACCAACGAGAGGCCGUACAAGUGCGAUCUCUGUGGCAAGGGCUUCAAUCAGAUGUCGAAUUUGGUUUGCCACAAGGUGAAGGCGCAUGCACACGCCGACAAGAUGCAGUACUCUUGCGGAGUGUGCGGAAAGGAGUUUCCACGCAGGUUUGCUUUGAGGUCGCACGAGGAAUAUAAGCAUGGCGUGAAAUAUCGGAGCACGGGCAAUGUCCAAUCCGCAGCCGCGACGAACGAGUCUAAUGUCGCGAAGAGCAAAAACGUCCGAAUCAUACAGCUGUACAAUGGCGGCGAUCGAGGUCAAACGAGCGAAAAUAAGGGGAGAGAUUACUUUGACUCGUUGGAUUUAGCGGACAGCAUCGUGAUAGAUAAAAUUGAUACAAAGGCGAUGGAGAUGGCGUUGCUCCAAGGCCAAGUUCCUUUUGCUCUCUACAAGCCGGCCAAAGGUAUACCGAUUCUUGUUAAGGUUUGGGCCACCGCGAGUAAUAAACACGCACUUACACCCGCGACUGCCGAGGACUUGCGAAUGGCCGGGAAAAUAACUCCGAAUCCCAACGAGGCCACGGGAGACACCGAUGGUGGGAAGGCCGUGCAGGUGAAGGUACCCGUAGUCGCCACGGUGAUGCAAAACAUCGAACCCGACGGCAAAUCCAGCUUCAUCGUCGAGCCGCCCGGCACGGAACAUGAGCAAGCGGACAACGAUCUGGUGACGGCGCUGGAUUCGCAGUUUUCGUUCUCCGAGCUGAAUCGCGAUGAACCAGACCACCGGCAAAGCGCCUCGAACUCGGCUCCAUCGAUGGAGGACUGCAACGAGUUGCUGGAGUUGGCGGCGCAAGGCGGGAUACAGUUUGUUCGCGCCACCGAGGAUGGUCGUUACGAGAUUAUGACGAACAGCGAAGCUCGCGACUUGAUGGCGCAGAAUUCCCACGACGUAACGAUUCUUGACGGCGAACAGGCGGACGCUAUCAAUCUCGCCAAUAUACGCAAUAACGGUGACGUCAUCAUCGGCGACAACGAUAAUCAGAUCAUGGUGCUGGAAUCCGGCCAGAAAUCUAUGUCAAUGGACGGCAUCGAAAUUCUCGAGGACAAAGACAUUAGGAUUCUCGAGGGUAAAAGCCUCGACGAUCGUUUCGUGGAUGGCAUAACAUUCCUUUCCCAGACCAAAAUCGACGAUCUCGUGCUCGGUCCCAAAUCGCUGGGUAUCGACGGCGAUAGCGCGUUGCUGGGGCACGGCGAUGUAAUGGCUAUGCCAACGAACCAACAAGAUUUAACGGGCAUCUUGGGUCAAUCCUCGAACCUAUCCACCAGCUCGCACUCCUCGUUAUCGUCUCUGUUAACGAAGAACCAUCCACCAUUGUCGCUAUUGAACGAGACAUUGCCAUACUUGAAGAGCGGUCAGAGCUUUGUGGAGGAUCUAAACAUCCUCGGUGUCUCCCCUGUUGAAGAUCACCAUUCGGAAUACGAUCCAAAGAUGAAGCUGUCCUCUAUGUUUGACGACGACUGCGAUACCGGCUUGAUACCGUUCGGUCAAUCAGACAUGAAUAUGCUUGACCCCGGAAAUCAGAGCAUCAAACUUUUCAGUGACAAGUUUUGCCAGCCACCGCCAAAGAUAUUCCCCGGUUACAACGAGGUGAAGAUUCUGGGACCGAAAAAUCACAAUCGCGACACGAUCACUGCGCACUAUCAAGACACCACCAGGACGCUCAGUCCUUUCGAGCUGUUUCUCAAAAACACGACUCUACAGACGAGCACCUGCGUGCCCAAUAUAAUGGACGCGGCGUCCGAAGGAUGCCGGAAAGAGGUGAAGAUACUCGGCAAAAAGCUCGGCACUGGCAUUAUCACCACGACCGAGCAGGGCAACGUCGUCGAGGUUGUCGACGAUAAAAAUAAAUUUGAAACGGAUAUCAUGGUGGACUUUUGCGACAACGUCCUGCAGCAGUGCGCGACCGUGCCGUCGCCGCGACGACUGCACCGACAGUCGAUGGAGAACGACGACGCGGACAGCUUUUUGCUUCAAGCCGGAAGCCCAUGUGACACGGAUUUUCUGAAUUUUGGAAGCCGUUUCACCGGCAAGGAUCUAUCGCCCGACAAUCACUUCGUCGAUAGAGGCCAAAAGGGGAAUCGCGAGGACAGUUUUGUUCCUGGGGAGGUUUUGGAUCUGGACUGACAUAGAACAAUCUGGUGCGAAACAGAAGAAGCGUUCGCGCGUUGUUUCCGCUGGCGUCAAUGCGUGGGGAAGUGACAGGUGAUAGAGAUAAGUAGAUUGUGCGAUUGGUAGAAAAGGUGCGAAUAGGCGUAAUUAUAAUUUUCCGUUUGCAAAAAGUGACGUCGAUUUUUAAAUAUAUUGAUAGAGAAGCGCCGUUCGUGUUCGCGAGUAUCGCUCGAAGCGGUUUCGCGCGAUGAGCGAUGAUACCGUACCGUAAAAUUAUGCUGCUUGGUAUUUUUCCGAGUUACGCGCGAUUGAUUUGCAAGAAGUGAUCGGGUUUUAAGAGAACAAAUGAUACACGUAACUUGAAAAGGAAGAUCGAUACAUACCGCUGAUAAUGCGAAUAUAUAUGCGCAUGAAUAUAUAUAUAUAUGUGUGUGCGAAUGCGAGAUUUAUAGAACACGCUUGUAAAUUGAAAUGUUCAAUUUCAAGUAUUCAAUUUGCACGUUAAUCUUUAU